AUGGCCGGAAGGGUUGAAGUCGCUUCUACAGAUAUACUGAAAUUGAUCCUACAGUUUCUAAAGGAAAACAACUACACAAAGAGUCUCAAGUUGCUACAAAAGGAAUCGCAUGUCUCGUUUAAUGGACUUACUAGCAUAGAUAAUUUAUUAAUGGACAUACAACAUGGCAGGUGGAACAAUGUGUUAGACACAAUUGCAACAAUGGAAUUGUCCGAAUCGCUCCUAUUUCUAAUUUAUGAACAAAUAAUAUUCGAGCUAGUCGAGCUCCGUGAAUUUGACCUAUCAAAUUCAAUACUACAAACAUCGAUACCACUACAGAUUAUGAGCUCAAGAGAAUCAUUGAGGUAUUCUAGACUACAAGAAGUAUGUAAAAAACAACAAUUUGACCCCAAGGAUUUGUUUAAUAUGGACAUAUCCUCCUUCAAGCGCAGGAGGAGGGCAGAGAUAUCGGCAAAAAUCUCAAAUGAGAUUGAAAUAGUCCCACCCUCUCGACUAUUGGAAAUUAUUGGCAUGGCCAUCAAAUGGCAAAAAUACCAGGGUAUAAUCCGCGAUUCCACAUCAUUCAACAUAUUAUCUGGUAAAGUAUCAAAUACAACAAAUGUAUGCUGUUUAAAUGUAUCAAAAGUGAUAAAGUUUGCUGAAAACUCACAUCCUGAGUGUGCAAUAUUUACUCCAAAUGGCCAACAUUUAAUCACCGGCUCAUCAGAUGGCUUUAUAGAAGUCUGGGAUUAUCACUCUGGAAAAUUAAAUUUGGAAUUGGACUACCAAAAGGAAGAUCGUAUGAUGAUGCAUGAUUGUUUGGUUAUGAGUUUGGCAGUGAGCACAGAUUCACAUAUUUUGGCAUCAGGGGACAAAAAUGGUAACAUUAGGGUGUGGAAACUAAUUGAUGGAAAAUGCGUCAGGAAAUUUAACCAAGUUCACAAUGGUGCUGUUAUUUGCAUCACAUUUUCGCGUGAUUCACUUAGUUUGUUGACUGGUUCAUUUGAUCGUACUGCCAGAAUCCAUGGGUUGAAAUCAGGGACCACAAUAAAGGAAUUUAGGGGCCAUAAAUCGUUUGUAAAUGCAGUAUUAUAUAAUUAUAAGGGGAAUAGAAUUGUUACUGGUGGUAGUGAUGGAUACAUAAAAGUUUGGGAUAGCAAUACUGCGCAAUGUAUAACAACUUUUGCGCCGCCAGACUAUUCGACAGAUAACGAGUUGAUAAGUUCGGAUGCUAAAACUGUGCUCAAAGCUAUUAGUAGUUUGUUUUUCACCAGAAAUGAAUUAUUGUGGGUUACAUGUGGGCAGAGAGUCGUCUACCUGAUGGACCUGAGUGGAAAUUUAGUUAAAAAAAUACCGAAUGAUGAAAAUCCCACUCUACAAUUGAGUGUUUCCUGUGUAUCUGGGGAUGGCGAAUGGAUAUAUUCAUUGGGGAAUGAUGAUUCGAUACAUGCGUUUUCCACAACUAGUACAGAUCACAACAUUGUACCACAAGCCCAUUCGGGUGAAGGAAUUGGAUUGGUUCAUCAUCCAAGUCAAUCUCUGCUCGUAUCAUUUGGCUCAGAUUCUAAGUUGAAAAUUUAUGUAUCCUAG